AUGGCCAGUAAAGCACCGAAGUCUCGAUGCUACAGUCUGAGUGCUUCCGCAGACUACCGGUUUGCAUGUUCUGUGGGCCAAAAGAACCUUGGGGAAACCUAUACUCAAGAGAUAGUCAAGAAGAUGGAACUCUCGCCAGGAACACAUCACCUUCAACACGUCGCCAGAACUGAUAAACUACUACUACGUCGAAGAUCAAUCACUAGCAUGAGGGAUUACAAAAAAAAACGUAUCCAGAACAAACAAGCUCGCAGUGCUUUGCAACAUCUGAGGGAAAAUCACGAAGGUGUAACCUACGACAGUAAUUGUGGAUUAUUGACCCAGUUUGCGGUACCUGAUGAAGAGAAGAAUCAGAACAUUGAAGUUGAUGAUGGAGUUCAUUCGUUUAUCCUAUUUGAUCUGGAGACAUCGAGUUUAAGACGUGAUUGCGAUAUAUUACAGAUUGCUGCUAUGUGUGGUAGCGAGGAAUUCAACAUUUACGCCAAUCCUAGACAACAAAUUUCUCCAUAUGCUACAGCGGUGACAGGUCUCAUCAAUAGUAACGGAAUGCUUUUGUUACACGGGAAAAUUGUUUCAUCCGUUCCAAUUAAAACUGCAUUGGAGAAUUUCUUGGCAUGGAUUGAAGGAUUGGGGAAGAAAGCGAUACUAUUGACUCACAAUUUGAUUUUCGAUGGACCGAGGCUGUACGACUCGAUAAAGAAAUAUCAUCUGGAGGAAAAAUUUUCAAACGUUAUUCAUGGUUUCCUGGAUACACUGCCUCUCAUUAGAUGCCUGAAAUGCAAAAAGCGGAAAGGAGAAUGUACUCUGGGCGGACUAGCGAAAUCGUUGAAUGUUGUUGUUGUUGAGGCUCACAAUGCUAUUUUCGACUGUAAAAUGCUUUCGAAAAUAUUGGCUGCAUUGAAAAUAACAGAGACCACAUUAGUAGAAAAUAUGAAGACGUAUAGACAGAAAAUUGACGAAUGGAAUUCCCGAGAUAAAGAUAAAGUUACUUUAAUCGGACUAAAACCUAUGGAGACUAUCUUGAGUUUGGCUACUCUUAAAAAAUUAGCAGCUGCUACGAUUACUCUGCAAGACCUCCAGAGCAUCUAUUCAACUCUCGGAGCUGAAGGGAUUCAGAAUUUUUUUAAUGAAAAAAUGAGCAGCGCAACAAUGGCUAAAAUUCAAAAGAAAACAAUCGAAAGAAUAAUCCAAUUUAUUACAACGAGCUGUGAGAAAUCGAUACCAAAAGAGUUAGAGAGAGAAUUCUAA